AUGGGUUCGAUCUCAGAGACAGCCGUCUCCCCUCCGCCACUCCCCGCAUUUGAAUCACUCCCAGAGAAGCGUGGAUGGCAGACGGAGAACAGUCGCGGCUAUAAGAUCAAGGAGCAGCUCUGCGGCACCGAGAAGCCAUUGAGGGUCGUGGCUCUGGGGGCUGGCAUCUCGGGAAUCUGCUUGGCACAUUAUCUGCCACAGCAACUCCGUAACGCGUCUUUAGUGAUCUAUGAUAAGAACCCUGAAAUUGGUGGAACGUGGUAUGAGAAUCGCUACCCUGGCUGUGCCUGUGAUAUACCAUCGCACAUCUAUCAGUUCUCUUGGGCCAAAAACCCGCACUGGUCGCAAUUCUAUUCGGAGGCCCCCGAGAUCCUACAAUACUUAAAAGACGUAGUGGAGGGAUUCAACCUCUCGGAGUACUUCCAUCUCAACCACGAGAUUCAACAGGCUUCAUGGGACGCGGAGCGUGGACACUGGGAGAUACAUGUGAAGGACUUAUCCAGCGGGACGACGUUUGUCGACAUAUGCGAUGUGUUUAUCAACUGUGGUGGCGUCCUCAAUGCCUGGAGAUGGCCUGACGUAAAGGGACUUCAUACGUUCCAGGGCAAGCUCUGCCACACCGCCAACUACGAUGAGGACACCGAUUUGCAAGGCAAGAGGGUUGCAGUCAUUGGAAUCGGCAGUAGCGGCGUCCAGGUGAUUCCCAAAAUUGUCUCCGAUGUCGCACAUUUAUAUUGCUGGGUCAGGUCUCCAACCUGGAUGACCUCAGGAUUUGCCCAAAAGUAUGCGGGCGAGGACGGGGCUAAUUUCAAAUACUCGGAAGAGCAGAAAAGGCACUUCUCCACUCACUCAGAUGAGUAUCUGGACUACUGCAAGAAACUGGAGACUGAAAUCCACCACGUCUUCAAAAUCGAUUUUGCUGACAACUUCCAGUUUUCCACCAAGGAAAUGAAGAGGAAACUGGGCCAUCGCAAAGAUAUCAUGGAACAGAUCAUUCCGAAAACGUUUGACGUCGGGUGCCGACGACCGACGCCGGGGAACGGAUUUUUGGAAGCCCUCACCCUGGAUAAAGUGACAACGAAUUUCGAGACACUCAAGGAGAUCACACCAAAAGGUUUCAUCGAUGAUCAGGGCAAUGAGCAGGAGGUGGACGUGAUAAUUUGCGCUACCGGGUUUGAUACAUCGUGGAUCCCCAGAUUUCCAAUUUUUGCAAACGGUCAGAACGUCCAGGAUAUCCAACGGAAAAGGCCGAUAUCUUAUCUGUCCAUGGCCAUCCCCGGGAUACCGAACUACUUCACGGUGGGCGGUCCUUAUUUUUCCUUUGGCCAUGGCUCGUUCACUACCAUGGCCGAAUUGUUCCUAGACAAUAUACUCCAGGUCCUUAAGAAGAUGCAACGAGAGAAUAUUAAAUCGAUAUCCCCGCAGCAGCAGGCCACAAACGAUUUUAUUGAGCAUGCCGACCUCUGGCUCAAGCGGACCGCGUGGGCUGGGCCCUGCGCUUCCUGGUUUAAAAACGGAAAGAUGGAUGGGCAGCUUACUAUCUUUCCAGGUUCAAGGAUGGUGCUGGCGGACCUCCUAUCGAGCCCGAGGUUUGAGGAUUAUGCCAUUGAAUAUUGGAAUACGAACAAGUUUGCCUUUCUGGGUAAUGGGUUUUCGACGAAAGAGUAUGAUGGCAGCGACGUGGCAUGGUACCUGGGGGAGCAUCAUGCGGUGCUUCCUCAUAAAUAG